AUGGCCAAUUUCAGAAAUGGGGAUCCGCCAUCCUAUGCAGGAUACCUCCUCAAGCGCGGUCGUCGCAGUCCUCAAAUGAAAGCUCGUCACUUCAAGCUAUUCGACAGCGUAUUGGAAUGCAGGAAUGAUCCCAGCGACUCCGUGAAAUGGUCCAUCAACGUCUGGAAAGCAACAAUUUCGAGGACGCAUAGCCGGGGAUUGUUGAUAGUCUUGGACGCCCAGACUUCUAAGAUUCGCCUCCAGUCGUUUACCGAGGCAGAUGCAUGCACGUGGGAGUUCCAUCUCCGUCGUGCUUCGCGGCGAAAAGUGACAAGUUUUUACGACCUGCAAGAAUUGAUUGGACACGGAAACUUUGCAGAAGUUCAGAAAGGCAUAGACAUUUCAGAGCAGGAAACUGUCGCCGUGAAAUCCAUGAAGAAAAAUGGGGAGCUUAUGAAUCAAGCAGCCGCUAUUAAACAGGAGACCAAAUUCGCCUUGAAGGACGUACGUCACCCCAACGUUGUCAGGACUUUGGAUAUCUUCAACACGAUUGAUCAACUGUUCAUUGUCAUGGAACACGGUGGUACAUCUCUUGAGGGCAUCUUAGAAGAGGUUGAAAGUAUCCCAGAAGACGAUGCCGCGCUCAUCAUCGGCCAAGUACUCAAUGCUGUGGAGUUUUUGCACAGUCGUGGUAUCGUUCACAGAGACAUCAAGCCGGCUAAUAUACUGCUUAAGAAGACUGAAGCUUUUUUUGAUGUCAAGCUUGCGGACUUCGGUCUCAGCGGUACCAUAACCCCAGGGGCAACGACUAGCAAGGAAUUGCGAGGACGAAUGGGAACGCCAUCAUUCCUGGCUCCUGAAGUGCUAACUAGCAACAGGUAUACUGCGGCAGUCGAUCUAUGGUCCGUAGGGGCUUCGGCAUUUUACAUGCUCAGCGGCGAGUUACCUUUCAAUGGGACAAGCAUCUCCGGGAUAUUCAAAAACACUGCCAUGGGAGCGUUUGACUUUGGAGGCAAAGCAUGGAAUAGUAUAUCCCUCCAAGCACAGGAAUUCAUCCACGGGUUGCUUCAAGUAGACGUCAAAAAGCGGUUCACCGUUGCAGAUGCGAAGAAUCAUGCUUGGAUCAAGGAUGCAAAGGAUAACACUGUACUUAAGAUGGUGUCAGAGCCAACUGAAGUUUCAUCUCCAAGUGAAGAAAGGAGAUUGGUCCGGGUUGAGGGUAGUUCCUCUGCAACGAAAAGUGCCUCUCCAACUGGAAGCCCUGGCGAAGAGAAGUUGCAGGAUCGCAGAAGAAUCACAAAAUCUUCUGUGUCUGGGCCCCGCUGUAUGGCUCCUCGCACACCUUCGUUCCGACGCAUUGUUAUGCCCAAGAAGCUUAACAUGAGUCCUCGGGUUGGUUUGGAUUCCAUUCUGGUGCAAAGUGAUGGGAGGGUUCAGGAGCCCCCGACGGUCGAGAGGAAGGGGAAACUUGGGAUUGCAGGCCUCUACCGACGUGCUGUGUCGAAUCUCACGAGCAUGCAACCUUCGGCGAUCCCGGUUACGCGGUUGAUGCAAUCCAAUCAAGAUUAG